CUGACUCCGUUGCCUCCGAGAGUUCUGCCUCUGGCACAUAUAAACAAUACUGCUAGGGAGGGAGUAGCCUGAGUGAAUGAGAUUGAGGCCAGCACAUGAUAGUGCGGUGUCCCAGCUAAGGACAUGUCGCUGUAACCAUGAGCGACGGCAGACUGUGGUGGGGUGUCAGUGGUGUGUGCCUUAUAGCAUGUCUGGUUAGUAGUCAGCUGUCCUCUACUGACAUCACAUCUACCCUGGAUGCCAACUGCAGCUCCAUAAACAUCACUGAAUGCACCGCCUGCCCCCCUGGAGCGUUCCCUAACAACGAUACAGAGUCAUGUUUCUGUUGUUCCAGUGGCUCCUGCACAAACACAUCAGAGUGCUUGCCUUGUGCGUCUGGUUAUUACCAGCCGCAAAGCACUCAGGCGACAUGUCUGCCAUGCCCACGUGGAUUUUAUACUAACUCAACAGGAAGUGUGAUGUGCCAGUCCUGUCAAGCUGGCUUUUUUUCUAAUGAGACGGCUUCCAUGUUUUGCCCACCAUGUGAAAAAGGUUUCUUUUCCGCUGGCCAGAAUGUCACUCAGUGUGAGCCGUGUCCACUGGGGUCAUUUUGCAAUACUACGCGAUGCACCGGCUGUGUUGUGUGCACCCAGGGAAAGGAAUCUCUGAAAGUCGGCUCUAUAGAGUGCACCCCGUGUCACCCAGGCAUGUACAAGGGUCCCGAAGACCACAAAUGCCUGUAUUGCCAGGACAGUGAAUACCAAGAGAACUGGGGAGGAGAACGCUGCCAUGUGUGCCCUGUCGACCACUAUUGUCCUACCCCCGACAUUAGUCCAAUAAGCUGUCCUGAAGAUGCCUUCUGCCCCACCGGCAGCACAGAACCGAGGUACUGCAUGGAGACGUUCUUGCGUAAGGCCGGAGACUCUUGUAAACUGGCACCUCUUACCAUCAUGCUGCUAGUCGUUUGUGCGGUUGUGCUCAUUUUUGGUGUAAUCUGUGUGGUCCGAAAGCAAAAACGGAGAUCUGAGCAACAAUACGUCAUAGGUUUCAGUCCGAAAUCUCCCCUAUUGCACAGACAACAAUCUUCGAGCCCUGUGUAUGGGAUCACUUAUGAUGCAGAGCCAGUGUAUGCUGGAUGGUAAAAAUGCGUCGACUCACUGUAUAUACUCAAAUGUAAAAUUUACAUGGAUCCCUUUUUUUUUCUAAGCAAAAUGUCUCUGUACAGUAUGUGAAUAAUCUUUAUUUAAUGUUUCUACUAGAUCUUUAUCCCUUAUAUAUAGUGUACAGAGAGUGAGUUAUAGGUGAGAAAGUAUUUAUAGUAGACUCUGUAAAUAUAGCUACUUAUGUAAAUGUGAACUGCUGCUUUUUUUUUUUCUUUUUAUGUUGUGUUAUGUAGUGCAGUUUUAUAAUGGUUUUACAAAGCUGCAUUUCAGUCCAGUUUUUGUUGGUUUUUCAAUUAUACAGUAUUUGAAAAUAUUGAGACUUGUUCGAUCUGUAAGAGUUACAAUUGUGUAUAUCUCAAUUUCAUAAUAUCAACCACAAAGUUCUUUAUUCACAUAUCAGAACAUGAAUUUGCAUGUGUGAGGGCCCUAUUCUAUGAAUAAUAUGGAUAUUUUAAGUGUUCCUAAAAAGAAUGAUGGAAGAAAAUACACAGUCAUGAUUUUCAUCUUGCUUAUAACAAUUGUACAGUGCAUACAUUUUGUCCAAUGAUAUUGAAUAAAUAUGAUUGCCAUUAA